CUUGUUAAACAUCAAGAAGUUCACACAGGAGAGAGAUCCCAUAAGUGCUUAGACUGUGGGAAAAGUUUCAUACACAGGUCAAAUCUUAUAACACAUCAGAAGAUCCACACAGGAGAGAGAUCCCAUAAGUGCUUAGACUGUGGGAAAAGUUUCAUACACAGGUCAAAUCUUUUAACACAUCAGAAGAUCCACACAGGAGAGAGAUCCCAUAAGUGCUUAGACUGUGGGAAAAGUUUCAUACGGAGGUCAGACCUUGUAAGACAUCAGGCAAUCCACACAGGAGAGAGAUCCCAUAAGUGCUUAGACUGCGGAAAAAGUUUCAUACAGAGGUCAGACCUUGUAAAACAUCAGGCAAUCCACACAGGAGAGAGAUCCCAUAAGUGCUUAGACUGCGGAAAAAGUUUCAUACAGAGGUCAAACCUUUUAAAACAUCAGGCAAUCCACACAGGAGAGAGAUCCCAUAAGUGCUUAGACUGCGGAAAAAGUUUCAUACAGAGGUCAAACCUUUUAACACAUCAGAAGAUCCACACAGGAGAGAGACCCCAUAAGUGCUUAGACUGUGGAAAAAAUUUUGUAUCGAAGUCAGCCCUUGUUAGACAUAAAAUAGUCCACACAGGAGUGAGACCCCAUCAGUGCUCAGACUGUGGGAAAAGUUUCAUACAGAGGUCAAACCUUUUAGCACAUCAGAAGAUCCACACAGGAGAGAGAUACCAUAAGUGCUUAGACUGUGGGAAAAGUUUCAUACACAGGUCAAAUCUUUUAACACAUCAGAAGAUCCACACAGGAGAGAGAUCCCAUAAGUGCUUAGACUGUGGGAAAAGUUUCAUACGGAGGUCAGACCUUGUAAGACAUCAGGCAAUCCACACAGGAGAGAGAUCCCAUAAGUGCUUAGACUGCGGAAAAAGUUUCAUACAGAGGUCAGACCUUGUAAAACAUCAGGCAAUCCACACAGGAGAGAGAUCCCAUAAGUGCUUAGACUGCGGAAAAAGUUUCAUACAGAGGUCAAACCUUUUAAAACAUCAGGCAAUCCACACAGGAGAGAGAUCCCAUAAGUGCUUAGACUGCGGAAAAAGAUUCAUACAGAGGUCAAACCUUUUAACACAUCAGAAGAUCCACACAGGAGAGAGACCCCAUAAGUGCUUAGACUGUGGAAAAAAAUUUGUAUCGAAGUCAGCCCUUGUUAGACAUAAAAUAGUCCACACAGGAGAGAGACCCCAUCAGUGCUCAGACUGUGGGAAAAGAUUCAUGCAGAGUUCAACCCUUGUUAAACAUCAGGCAAUCCAUACAAGGGGAAGACCAUAAGUGCUUGGACUCUGGGAAAGUUUCAGAAUUAGAUUGGCCGUUCUAAACAUCAGACAAAACCCACAUAGUGUGUAGACUAUGGAAAAACAUUUCAAAUAGAUGUCAGCCCUUGUUUUACAUCAGAGAAUCCACCCAGGGAGACACCCUGUAACUGCUUAGCCUUUGGAAAGAGUUUUAUACACAAUCAAACAUUGUUAAACAUCCAGCAAUCCACAUUGGAGAGAGACCCGAUAAGUGCUUAGACUGUGGGAAACAUUUCAGAAACUGAUCAGUCCUUGUUUUACAUCAAAGAAUCCACACAAGAGCAAGACUCCAUAAGUACUGGACUGUGACAAAAGUUUCAGACAGUGAUCAGACGUCAUUAAACGUUGGAGAAUUCACACACAAUCUAAACUUCUGUGACACCUGGCCAGAAAGAGUUAAGAACCUUGCAGGCUAUUUGGCCUAGAUUCAACAUUUAAAGACAUGUUAGAAAAGUUUGUAAAUGAUGUUCGGGGCCAUUCCAAGUUAUAUAGACUAGAACUUUGAAUGUGAACUUGUAUUGUUAAAAACUUGGAAGAAGAUAAUAGUGUGGUUGAUUAAUUGCAAUUAACUCAAAAAAUAAUGGUGUGUAUUAAAAUCCAGAAAUAAAGCAAUUAAAAACUUUAGAGCCUAGAAGUCCACUCAGUGCUACUUCUUUUUCUGCUAAUCGCUAAGACAAGUAAGUUUGUUUACAUUUA